AGAUGUCACUAAAAAAAAUUAAAACUACUUAUUGUCUUUAUUAUUUUUAAUAAUUAUCUUUCGUCAUAACUCAAGAUUUCAACAUAAAUUGAAAAUAAGGAAAGGUAUCAUACAUUAUUUACACAUUUUUAUAAAUUAUUUUAUUAGAAAAAACUAUUUUAAAUUUACAAUGAUAACAAUCCCUAAAAAUUCUACGAAAAACUUUAAAUAUUUUCCAAUUAUGUGUAAUCGGUCUUAUGGUAAAUGUCUGAAAAAUAGUUAUGAUGUCCUAGUUGUAGGAGGAGGUAUUGUAGGUUUUGCUACUGCACGUGCUUUAUUAACACGUAAUAAAAAUUUACAAGUAGCACUUGUAGAAAAAGAAGAUGGGCCUUCCAUUCAUCAAAGUGGACAUAACAGUGGGGUUAUACAUGCAGGUAUAUAUUAUAAACCAGGUACAAUGAGAGCAAAAAUGUGCAUUGAAGGUUUAUAUAAGACAUAUGAAUACUGUGCUAAAAACAGUAUACCACACAAAAAAUGUGGAAAACUUAUCAUUGCUACUGAAGAGUCUCAAAUAAAAAGUUUGUACAACUUAUACGAACGAGGAUUAGAAAAUGGUACUCCUGAUAUAAAAAUGAUUAAUGGAAAUGAUAUAAAAACUAUUGAGCCUUAUUGUAAAGGUUUGCAAGCAAUACAUUCACCACAUACUGGCAUUGUAGAUUGGGCUAUAGUUACAAAACAUUAUGCAUUAGAUUUUGAAAAACUAGGAGGUGAAAUAAUUUACAACUUUAAAGUAAAUUCUUUUGAAGAAAGUAAAAGUAACAGAGCACUUAAAAUAUCUUCUAGAAAUAAUACAGAAAUAUUAGCAGACUAUGUUAUAACUUGUGGUGGAUUACAAUCAGAUAAAUUAUCAUUAAUGACUGGAUGUAAAGCUGAUCCAUACAUUUUACCAAUUCGAGGCGAAUACCUAUUACUUAACAAAAAAAAAUCAUACCUUGUUAAGGGCAAUAUUUACCCAGUACCUGAUCCCAGUUUACCAUUUCUUGGUGUACAUUUUACUCCAAGAAUGGAUGGCACAGUUUACCUUGGUCCAAAUGCAGUUCUGGCUCUAAAACAAGAAGGAUACAGCUGGAAUGACAUAAGCAUUUCAAAUACGUUAAGACUAUUAAAACUAGAUGGUGUUCGAAAGCUUCUAGCAAAACAUAUUAAAUUUGGUAUAAAUGAAACAAUAAAGUCUUUAUACCCAGCAAAACAACUGAAAGAAAUACAAAAAUAUAUUCCAGAUAUAAAACUAAAUGAUAUUCAAAAAGGUCCUACUGGUGUUCGGGCUCAACCACUAUGGGCUAAUGGAACUAUGGCAGAAGAUUUGGUACUUGAGAUUGCAUCAGAUGAUCCAACAAAUUUAGUAAAACAUAGAAUAAUGCAUUGCCGUAGUGCUCCAUCACCUUCAGCUACAUCAUCAUUACCAAUUGGUGAAGUCAUUGUUGACAAAAUGUUAUCAAAAUACACAAAGUUAAAUGAUUUAUAAAAAGAAACACUAAAAACAAAAAUGAAUUCAUAUUGCUAAUUUAGGGAAUAUAUACAAUAUAUUGUACCUAAAUAUGUGUACUAAGAACCUAAAUUCAACAAUUAAUUUAGUGUCUAUAAGUUAUGAAUAUAAAUUUAAAAUUUUAAUCAUAAUCUAAACAUUUCUAUGUAAACUGAUGUCAAGAUUUCAAAUCAAUUUGAAAUUAAGAUUAUGAAAUACAAUCAAAUUCUAUAA